AAACGUCGACAACAGCCACCACGACCACAGCAACAGCAAUGCGGCCGACAACAGGCCCGCGUCUUUGCAGUUGAUCAGAGGGAGGCCGACCAGCACCCAGGUACCAUGUCUGGGAUGAUUGUUCUUAAUGAUGUGCCUGUUUAUGCCUUAUUUGACACCGGAGCAACCCACUCUUUUAUAUCACGCCGAUGUCUCGAAGCUAUAGGAGUUCAUUCUCUUACCACUGUCGAUCCUCUCGAGAUGAGUAUAGCCUCGGGGCGAAAGAUAGUGACUGAUACCAGAGCCACUGAUCUUAGCCUUUCCAUCGACGGCCGUAUUUUGACUACUGAUGCUUAUGGCCUUGAAAUGAUUUUCGAGGUCAAGGAUUGUCCUGAUCGUUAUCGCGUGGUAUGCGCACAAAUCCAACUGACCGGUGAUGCCCGACUCUGGUGGAAUGCCUAUUGGAGUAUGCGUCCCGGCGAGAAAGAAGGCAGUACAUGGGACCAAUUCAAGGAGUUGAUCUGCGGGAAGUACUAUCCUUCGUACUACCGAGCAGAUAUGGAGCGCCAGUUCCUGGCACUCAGACAGGGUAUUCGUUCUGUUGACGAGUACGAGAGAGAGUUUACCCGACUCGGAUCCUUU